AUGGUGAUGAUUGACCACGCCGGAAAGUUAGGUCCCCUGCAUCAGACAAUGGUUAAAAAUGAAGCGAAAAUAGGUUCGGAAACUUGCUCCAUGGAGGAAAUCAUCCUCAACAAGGCCAAGACUUUUUCUCGAGGCGGGGGAAACCUCAGGAUCAGUGCCAUCGGUUCCGCCGCGUACGGUUCUUCCACCAUAAGACGGUCAAUUUCCGACUUUUAUCCCAACCUCGCAGUGCCCGACAAGAACGCGGGUGUAUCUGAUCAGGCGAAACAAUCAAUUUCUAACCCUCUCCCUAAAACUCCCGUGUCGGGCAAGAAACGCCAACUCCCCCAAUCAUGGGACAUGUCCCUGUGCGCUGACCUCCGUUUCCCCUCAGAUCUGACAUGGCUACCCGGCAGAAUAGCAGAAUUGGUGGUCAUGCCCGUAUUCGCAGAUGCCACAGAUCCGUCCAUCCCAAUUUGCGAAAAGUUAGACACAAUGCACGAAAGGGUGGCACCUUCACGCGAGUCUGUCUUAGCGAUCGCGCUGCUUUGGAUCUACGUCGGGGUGUUAGAGAAUCGGAGGAAGAAGUACGACCCGGUUAGGGUCAUCACGGGAGUGGACGCCCGGCUCGGGGGGUUGUUCAAAAUUGCGGUGGCAAGAGAUAAAUAUGAGAAUAUCAAGAACGUCACAAAUCUGUGGAAUGCGAUUUUGGAGUUGUCCUCUCACAUGGGUAUCUUUCCAGUUACUUCCGCCAUCCUGCGCGCAGCCUAUCCCGAUGUGGACCUGAACCACCCGCCAGUUCGAGUCAGCUACAAGCCGGAUAUUUUUUUUGUCCCGACCGAGUUCAAAAUGCCUUUGCCGUCAGCAAAGGGUGGAAAGGUCCGCCGACACGAAUUUUGGAGGGAAGAAUUUGACAAAUUACUAGCCAACGUAGUGUCACUCCCGACAAAGACCAAGCAACCUUCGCUGCCACCAAAGGCGAAGUCAAAUUCACUGCCAACGUCUGUUAAUCCAACUACACCAUCACAACGGGUCAAUCCAACUGCGCCUCAACAGUGGGUCAAUCAAACUGCGCCGUUACCGUGGGUCAAUCAAACUUCACCACCACCAUGGGUUAAUCAAAGUUCACUGCCGACAAGUUUCAAUCUAACUUCAGUGCCGCUAAGUUUCAAUCUAACUUCACUGCCGCCAAGUUUCAAUCUAACUUCACUGCCGCCAAGUUUCAAUCUAACUUCACUGCCGCCAAAUUUCAAUCCAGCGUCACUGCCGCCAAGUUUCAAUCCAAAUUCACUGCCGCCAAGUUUCAAUCCAAGUUCCUUGCCGCCAAGUUUCAAUCCAAGUUCACUGCCGCCAAGUUUCAAUCCAAGUUCACUGCCGCCAAGUUUCAAUCCAACUUCACUGCCGCCAAGUUUCAAUCCAAGUUCACUUUUCCCAGGUUUCAAUCCAAGGUUACUGCCUCCAGGUUUCACCCCAACUUCACUACCACCAUGGGUUAAGACAAGUUUUCAGCCACCGCAGGUUCAGCGGUCCACAAGGAAUUUGCUAGCCAAAAAGCAGAAAGUGGAUAAGUUUGACAACCCGAGGCUAGAAGUUCCCAGGGCCGUAAAAGUGAAAGAGGAAAGUGCCCCUCAAAUUGCUAAGGAGACGGUCAACAAAUUACAGAGCUUGCUAGAAUUGGAGGACUUGACAGGUUACUCACCUAAAGAGGGAUGCAGUCGGGAUGUAGAUUUCAAGAAGAAAGUUACAUCUCCACGAAAUCAAAUACCUUCGAAGGAACCACAAAUUAAAGUGAUAGAUCCAAGUGGCGAACAGGAUGUCAUGGGCGCAGGGCCAGGCGAAGAACCGAAUGUAAACGGGUGGCACCCUCGCCGUAACCCGGAUGUAACGCAAUCCAAUUCCCCGGCAACACCUAUCUGGGACAAACCCCUCGAGGGCUGGCAGAACUCCCUGUGCGAUUGCAUCCUUCACUCCCCGAAUAAGACGAAAAUACCCGGGAAGAUUGCAGACUAUGUUAAACGACCCGCAUUGUCGGCCAACAGUGAUCCCACAAUCGCGAUUUGCGAAGGGUUGGAAAAAAUGUGCACGAAGGUCGGGCCUCGAUACGAGUCCGUCCUAGCGAUAGGACUGCUCUGGGUGCACGUCGCCGUGUUAGAACGGCGGAUGAAGGACGACCCGGUAACAGCCGUUAAUGGGGUGGAUACCCGUCUUGGCGGGUUGUUUGAACUUGCGGUGAAAAAGGAUAAACAUGAGAAUUGCCUCUAA